AUGGCUGUCUCGGCAGGUUCCAUGGCCGAUGUGCCAAAGGAUCUUCUCUCUGAGAUCAAGCAGCUCGAGGAUGCCUUCACCGUUGACACGGCCAAGAUGAAGGCUAUCUCCAAGCACUUUGUAUCAGAGCUGGAGAAGGGCCUCACGGUCGAGGGCGGCAGCAUUCCCAUGAACCCUACUUGGGUCAUGGAGUACCCCGACGGCUACGAGACUGGCACCUACCUUGCCCUCGAUAUGGGCGGCACAAACCUGCGUGUUUGCGAGAUCACCUUGACCGAGAACAAGUCCGAGUUCGACAUUAUCCAGUCCAAGUACCGCAUGCCCGAAGAGCUGAAGACUGGUGAUGCCGAUGAGCUUUGGGAGUACAUUGCCGACUGUCUCCAACAGUUCAUUGACACCCACCACGAGGAGCCUCCUGCCGCCGGCGAAAAGAUUCCGCUUGGUUUCACUUUCUCGUACCCCGCGACACAAAACUACAUCGACGAGGGUAUCCUCCAGCGCUGGACCAAGGGCUUCGACAUUGACGGCGUCGAAGGCGAGAACGUUGUCCCCAUGCUUGAGGAGGCCCUGAACCGCAAGGGCGUCCCCAUCAAAGUUUCGGCUCUCAUCAACGACACUACUGGUACGCUGAUCGCCUCGGCCUACACCGAUACGAAGAUGAAGAUUGGUUGCAUUUUCGGCACUGGCUGCAACGCUGCGUACAUGGAGGACUGUGGUUCCAUCCCCAAGCUGGCACACAUGAACCUGCCUCCGGAUUUGCCCAUGGCCAUCAACUGCGAGUGGGGUGCUUUCGAUAACGAGCACGUUGUGCUGCCCAGAACCAAGUACGACAUCAUCAUCGACAAGGACUCACCGCGCCCCGGUCAGCAGGCGUUCGAGAAGAUGAUUGCCGGCCUGUACCUAGGCGAGAUCUUCCGUCUCAUCAUGGUCGACCUGCAUGACAACAAGGACGUUCACAUUUUCGAGGGUCAGAACAUUGAUAAGCUCCGAAAGGCGUACUCUCUUGAUGCGUCAUUCCUCUCCGCUAUCGAAGAUGACCCGUUCGAGAACUUGCAGGAGACCGCCGACCUUUUCAAGGACAAGCUGCAGCUUUCCCCCACAAGACCCGAGCUUGAGCUGAUCCGCCGCACCGCCGAGCUCAUCGGCACUCGAGCCGCGCGUCUCUCUGCUUGCGGUGUUGCUGCCAUCUGCACAAAGAAGAACUUCAAAGAGUGCCACGUUGGUGCUGACGGCUCUGUCUUCAACAAGUAUCCUCACUUCAAGGCUAGGGGCGCGCAGGCGCUCCGCGAGAUUCUCGACUGGCCAGCCAAGAAGAGUGCAAAGGAGCAUGAUCCUGUCGAGGUUCUUGCUGCCGAAGAUGGAAGCGGUGUUGGUGCUGCGCUCAUUGCUGCUCUGACCCUCAAGAGAGUGCAGAAGGGCAACGUUGCUGGUAUUCUGCACCCCGAGAACUUCGAAUAG